UGGAAGGGCUUCCCUCGUCCUCUGGAACAGCCCGCCAGCGAGGAGUGGCGAGCCGGGCGGGAAGCAAAGAGGAGGCGCCGCGUUUUCUAAAAAGGCAAGAAAGAAAGGAAGAGAGGAAGGGAAAAAAAAAAAAAUCCUCGGAGAGGCGCAGAGUGGACUCUGGCCCGGGAGAGCGCGAUCGGGCGCCGGAACGUGGACCGAGAGGCACCGGAAUGCAAACAAAGCUCGCGGGCGCCUGUGCAGGGCUCGCGGAGGAGCCCAGAAAGUUUGUUUUAUGAUGAUGGCUUGAGUGCGCGAGGGUGUGCAGGGGCGCGAGGCUGCCCAGGGGCUCUCCCGCGGAGUGAUUUGGGGGAGAGAUGUUUCUCCUAUGAACCCGAGGAGACUUGGGGGCUCGUGCUGUGGGGGGCACCUGUCUCAUUUUUACUCUUAUUAUUUUCUUUUUUUUUUUUUUGGAGGAGGAGGGGUUUCAACUCAUCAUGUCGAAAGUGAUCCAGAAAAAGAACCACUGGACUAGCAGGGUUCACGAAUGCACCGUGAAGCGGGGACCUCAGGGCGAGCUGGGGGUGACGGUGCUGGGGGGCGCGGAGAACGGGGAGUUUCCAUAUGUUGGAGCGGUGGCGGCCACCGAGGUGGCGGGGCUUCCCGGCGGUGGCGAGGGCCCGAAGCUGAGCGAAGGAGAGCUGCUUCUGGAGGUGCAGGGGAUCCGGGUGUCCGGUCUGCCCCGCUAUGACGUGCUGGGGGUCAUCGACAGUUGCAAGGAGGCCGUCACCUUCAAAGCCGUCAGACCAGGAGGGAGGCUCAUCCUUGGUACACAGUAA